ACCCAGUGAUUGCUGCUGUUGAGCUCGUACUCCGUGAUUGAGCCGUGUCAGCAGUGUACAGUAGCUCCCGGGUUGCUGGGCUGUGUUUCAUUUGUGUAGCAGCGCAGCCCCCACAGGUGGCGGCUACUGCGUGACGUUCAGUGCGGGAGCGGAGCAGUUACGCCGGGGCAGCGUGGGACUCGGGGCGGCAGCAGAGCAGGGACACGGCUGAAUAACGACAUAAAAAGAUAACCGUAUCGUAUCGCUUUAGUGGAAAGUCGCGGUCGCUCCGUUAGCCUCGCUAAACACACGUCAGAAGCUAACGCGUUGUUAGCUGCUUAGCUGUCCUGCUAGUUAGCGCUUUGGAGGAGCAGUAGAAGCUAAAGUAGAAGCUAACACAGCGUCCGGCUCCCCGGGAAAAGUUCCCGACAUGAGGCUGAAAGCUGGGUUCAUUCUGCGGAGUGUGCUGGUCAUUGGGACGUUUCUGGGCUUGCUGGUGCUCUGGUCCACCCUGACGCCGAAACCCAAUAAUGAGAACCCAUUUGAGAAAAGGGAGGACAAUUUGUUGCCAAAAGGGGACCUUUCAGAUAAGUUUAAGCCUGUGGUGCCCUGGCCUCAUGUGGAGGGGGUUGAGGUUGACCUCAACUCAAUCAGACUACAACAUGGAGAGGCCAACCAUCCCAAGGACUUCAAGCAGCAGUCCAACCAGAAGCAGGUGAUUCAACAGCAGUAUGUGACAUUCAAACCUCACACACAUGCCUACACUAGCCCUGUCCUGAAGAAAGGUAUCCUGGGAAACUUUGAGCCUAAGGAACCUGAACCUCCAGGGGUCCCUGGUGGUCCUGGAGAGGGUGCUAAGCCUUUUGUCCUGGGUCCAGAGUACAAAGACUCUGUUCAGGCUUCCAUCAAAGAAUUUGGCUUCAACAUGGUUGCUAGUGAAAUGAUCUCACUGGACAGAACAAUCAGUGAUAUACGCCAUGAAGAGUGUAAGUACUGGCAUUAUGAUGAGAGACUACUGACAUCCAGUGUGGUGAUAGUCUUCCAUAAUGAAGGCUGGUCUACACUGAUGAGAACUGUCCACAGUGUCAUCAAGAGGACUCCUCGCAGAUACCUGGCUGAGAUUGUCAUGAUAGAUGACUUCAGCAACAAAGUCCAUCUGAAGGAACGUUUGGAGGAGUACAUCAAGCAGUGGAACGGUCUUGUAAAACUCUUCAGAAAUGAUAAGAGAGAAGGACUGAUACAGGCCAGGAGUAUUGGAGCCAAGAAGGCCACUAAAGGACAGGUGCUAAUCUACCUGGAUGCUCAUUGUGAGGUUGGAGUCAACUGGUAUGCUCCACUGAUUGCUCCCAUUUCAAAAGACAGGACAGUAUGCACAGUACCACUGAUAGACUAUAUAGAUGGUAAUGAAUACACUAUCGAGCCCCAACAAGGUGGAGAUGAGGAUGGCCUGGCUAGAGGAGCAUGGGAUUGGAGCCUGCUCUGGAAGAGAGUACCACUUAGCCAGAGAGAGAAGGCCAAGAGAAAACAUACCACCCAGCCUUACCGGUCUCCAGCCAUGGCGGGAGGUCUCUUUGCUAUAGAAAGAGAGUUUUUCUUUGAGCUGGGACUGUAUGACCCCGGACUGCAGAUAUGGGGAGGAGAGAAUUUUGAAAUAUCAUACAAGAUCUGGCAGUGUGGUGGCCAGCUGCUCUUUGUACCGUGCUCUCGUGUUGGCCAUAUCUACAGACUUCAGGGAUGGCAAGGCAACCCUCCACCAGCACACGUUGGGUCCUCACCUACUUUGAAGAACUACGUUCGUGUUGUGGAGGUAUGGUGGGAUGAAUAUAAGGACUACUUCUAUGCCAGCCGUCCUGAAACUCUCACUCUGGCCUACGGAGACAUAAGUGAGCUUAAACGAUUUAGGGAGGAACAUCGAUGCAAAAGUUUCAAAUGGUUCAUGGAGGAAAUAGCAUACGACAUCCCACAGCACUACCCUCUCCCUCCUAAAAAUGUAGAGUGGGGGGAGAUUCGGGGCUUUGAGACAAGCUACUGCGUCGACAGUAUGGGACACACAAAUGGAGGGAAUGUAGAAAUGGGCCCAUGCCACAGGAUGGGGGGCAACCAGUUGUUCCGCAUUAAUGAAGCCAACCAGCUGAUGCAGUACGAUCAGUGCCUGACCAGAGGAGAUGACUCAGCUGUCAUUAUCACACACUGUGAUCAGAAACAGCAUACGGAGUGGAAGUACUUCAAGGAUCUCCAUCGAUUCACUCAUGUGCCAACAGGGAAAUGCCUGGACCGCUCCGACCUGCUUCACAAGGUCUUCAUAUCAGACUGUGACACCAGUAAAACCACUCAGAAAUGGGAGAUGAAUAACAUUGUGGCUGUAUGAAGCCUCUGAGAAGAUGUCUGAGAGAGAUGCAUCCAUACAAUGAGUUUACAGAAAAAAACUUUGGACAAAAGUGAGCGUUAGUGUACCUGCAACACAAUGCAGCCUAAAUAGUUAACUGUUGAUAACAGCCAAAACAUGACUUUGUAAAAGGUGUUGAGAGCACUCCUGGAUUGCAGACACUCCAGAUGGCAGAAGAACCGGCUGAUCUCGAGGCUGAAGCCACCUUUAAACGAGCUGUUGGAUGAACACUAAACUGGAAACAUGUUGGGCUCUGUCUCUGUCCUCGGUGGCUGUUUACACUGUCUCUAUCUGUUCUUUUGGGCUCUCAGGUCUUUUUUAAAUCAUUGCAUUGAUUUCUGAAAUUAAUCACAUCAAGUCUGAAGAUUAUUAGAUUAGUCACUAGCCAAACCAAUUAGCUCAGUUACCAAAGAGGUUUCGAGUUCAGUCACAUCAUCAGUGCUUAACCAGGUUGAAUGUUUGUACAUACACUUGAUGACAUAAUGCUCACAUUUAUCUGCCAGCUUAGGCUGAAAAAGGAUGAAGAAAAAAUGAGUUUAAUUAAGGAGGAAUGGAAAAGGACAACAAGAACCCCAUUUUGGAAAAAUGAAUAUUUGGAAGUGGUGCCAUGUUUUCUUUUUUCUUUUCUUUUAUUUUACUGGACUCUGGAGUCUUUAAAAUGAAUUUUAAUAUCCCCUCUCAAGAUGCCACCUCUAGCUUAAAUGUGACUUUGUGAUUUAACAGGUUAAAUUUGGUUAAUGAAUUAGUGUAAUUUAAUUGGCCACAUGGUACAAAAAGUUGAUCAUUCCAAAGAAAGAUUUCCUCCUACAUAAGUUUAAUUAGUUUCCCUAAACCAACCCAAUGUUUCUCCACUGUGCUGUGUCUGAAACCGUCGAGCCUGAAGAUCCUUCAAAUGCAAACCUGCACGAGUGAAAGUAACACGUGCACUUCACUUGGUUGCUGUCUCUUCGGUUACUUUUCUUUCAGUUUUCUUUUCCUCUCUGAAAUCACACUGGGAUACUUUAAAGGAUUUGUGGAUGGCCUGUCUUACUGACAGUCUGGUUGAGUAAUUCAGUAGCUGACCAGUACUGUGACUUACUAACAGU